UUGUGAUAAGAAGAUGUGACUGUGCGAUCCCCAAACCCCCCUAAAGCCCCUUGCCUCAAGUUCAGCAGCAAUACACCAUGUGAGUAUAUACUAUAUACUAUAUACCCUCUGCCCCUUCCAGUAUUUCUAUAAAGUCAUUCACAGAUUUUCUGAUGGAACUUUUUGGAAUCCAUGCCCUUUGUCUCAGCAGCAAUACAGCAUGUGAAAAGCCUGGUAUCUCUGCAACACAAGAAUAUGUUGAUUUAGGGAAGGACAUACCAUUACCAGAGGGAUUGGACUUGACGCAGGCCCCGCCACUGGCAACUUGUAGAACCCAGCCAAUUAACAGUGAGCAAAUUCAGCCCAUAUCCAAGAGGGUUGAUGAGGGGUUCGAGUGCCGGGAAUAUAUCUCUGUGAAGCAGGAAUGUGUUGACUUAGGGGAUGGCGCUCCAUUGUCAGAGCGAUUGGAAUCGAAGCCAGACCUUCCCCUGUCAACCUCUAGAACACAGCCAAUUGACGGUCAGCAAAUUCAGCCCAUCUUCAAGGGAGUUGGUGAGGGGUUUGGACACAGGGCAUCUGGCUCUGGACAAUUGGAAGAGGGCAAUGGAGGCCUGGGAUGGCGCGCAGCGAGUGCGAGGUCAGGUUGGCAUAGUUGCCAAGUGAACCCUGAAGAACCUGCCCACACAGGGUUGGCAGAGAGGGAUCUCUCUGGUCAGACUGGUACAGCAGUGAAAUAUCCAGAAUCGACUGGACAGAGGUCAAUGAGGGAUGUGUCAUUUGAGGACUGGACCGGACAAAGGUCAGUGGUGGAUGUCUCAUUUCAGGACAGUCAGACUGGCUCUGGCAGUGGACAAGACCAUAGGGAUACUAAAAGAUCCCAGCUUGGGGCACCUCAGGGUGCUGAAGAGGGUGUGUGCAAGUCAGAGGUCACGGACACUGGUCAGUGUCUGAUUGAAACCGCAGACUCCAAUAAGCCUGGGCUUCACCGCAGAGUUCCCUUUAAGAUGGAUGUCGAAGGAGGUGUACAUGGGUGCCUGAGGAACGAUGAUUGCUCCGUGGGCAACUCUCCUGCAAAAAUGUGUUCUGUAACUUCUGAUCACAAAAGCGCUUGUCUUGACAACUUCGGUAUUUGUGGACCCCCCCCAGGAGCUCAUGGGGUUAUUCUCACAGGUCAGUCUGCAGCUCCUGCUGGCAGUAUACAGCACACCCAGUCACAGCUGGAGGGUUCAGGAUUGACAAUGGAAGAUCUGGUAGCUGCGUGUCAAGAGGACGACAUAUGGCAGCUUGUGGCAACCCCUUUCAGCAGGAGGCUGUCCGGAAGAGUCAGAUAUGAGGGUGGAAGAAAUCCAGCUUUUGAAUCGACUCCUGCAGCAGAGAACUUCCAGUGUCCAUUGCAGCCCGCUGCGCAGCAACAACAGCACGUAGUUGCAGGGCUUUUAGACGGGCAGACAAAUGGAUCGAUCAGGGUUGUAGAUGAGCAGGACACCAGAAAUGCAGUGUCUUCAAGAAUGACUGGCCAACAACAACCAGGAGCGGCUAGCAGCCUUUCUGAGGGCCCAACAAAUGGUUCAAACAGAGUGAUGAAUGAGGAACCAAGCGUAUCAACAAGCCGAGGAAAGGGCUUGACAGCUAGUGAUACGAAGACAGAGAAUCCUGUACGAGGUCAAGCUGUCGGAACAAGUUUUGCAGUGGAGAGCUUUCAAUUUCCAUCAAGGUUGACUGUGCGGCAACAACCAGGAGGACUUAAUGACCUUCCGGAGGCGGCGGUGAAUGGUUUGAGCAGGAUGCUGGAUGAGGUAGCCAGUGUACAAAACAGAAGUAAAAAGAGCAAGGCGUUUAGUGAUGAAAAAGAUCCUGCGUUGAAGAAGAAGACAAAGGAUUGUCUAGGCGGUCAACCUAUUGAAACACCUGGCGUGAUGGAGAGCUUUCCGUCGAUGCGACAACAACAAGGCAGUUCAGUUCCGGAGCUUCCUCAGCAGUCAGGAAAUGGUUGCACCCGGGUAGUGGAUGAGAUAGCGACAACAUCCGUGGCAAGAAGAAAGGCAUUGACAUUUCUAGACGAAAAAGAAACUGGGUGGGAGAAGAAGGGUCAGGAUCGUCUAGUAGAUCAGUCGAGUUGCAUGCAAGCUCCUCAUGGACUCACAGGUGACAAUAGCAACGCACCUGGCAGGCACCCUGCCUUCUCGGAUUCCCGACGAUUGCCAGGUCAGGUGCUUGGAAAAUUCCCAUCCAGUCCAGAACUUGCCUCCAAAAACUCCAGUGACUUAACGAAUGGCUACGUGACGUACGUUGUUAAAUCCAGCGAACGGGAUUCUCUUGCAGAGUCACAUGCGACGGAGGGUUGUGGUGUUCUGGGUCAGCAGGAUGUGUGCAUAGGAGAUGAUGCCGCUCAUCUGAAUGUCAUGGAUGCAUUCUCUGGUGAUCACAUGGCAUCUCCACGACUUCCUUCGUCAUCGUCAGCUUGCCCGAUGGAGACACCUCGAGGUAGUGCAUCUGUAUCAUCAGUUGAGCCGAUUGGGAAACUAUACUGUAACCUGUGCAGGGAAUGCAUCACAACAAGUGAAGCUGGCAGAGACACAGGCGCAUGGGUCUUCGAAAGGAUGACCUUGGUUAAGAAACGUUAUCUCUCAGAGCUGUUGUGCCAAAACUCCCAGGAUCAUAAUGUUCAGGAUGCUUCCAAAAGGCUUGGCAGGGCUGUUGCAGUCAUUCCUCUUGGUGAAAAAGAGCUAGCGCAGGAUUUGCAGGCACUUCACUAUGGGCAAGAGGAUGAUUGUGGCAAUGAUGAUCUUGCGACUGAUAAAAGUGUUGAAAGUUGUGAAAACAGUGACCACGAAAGGGGGAACAGCGGCCCCUUGGCUAAUGGAUGUCGUGAAAAUGCGAGGGAUGGCGUGGUGGAAGCAGCAGACAUUGCUGAAGAUUGGUGUGUUGUUGGCAGCAGAACUGCAAGAAGUGUCAGCCAGAGAGCGCAGCCUCUUGAGGGUAAGCCAAGAAGAUGGAAAGUCAAGCGGAAACGCAGGGUGCAUAUUGAAGCCCAGGUGAACGCAGGAACUCCCAAGAAGCGAGCAGUGCCAGAAGGGGGUGGACACGAGGAAAUACCAACGGUAUGGAUGGAAGAAGAUGGUUGCGUGUUCAAGCCAAUAGCUUGUCUGGGCUGUCCUGAAGGUUCCCAAUGGCUCGGAGUAAAAGUUUUGGCAACAGAUUUGGAAAACUCCAACCUCAAUGGCCUUGUUCUCGUAUUCAGCGAUGCUGUGCAUGCGGGGGAACUUACUGAUCAACAUGAGACUUCAACUGCAGAAAGGGUUAUGAAUGCUUCUGUUGCUGGAGACGCCAGAGUCAGCGGAGAACCAAUCGGGAAAGAAGAUGUUAUGUCACGACAGCAGCGAUCAUUCGGCGAGGCUUCGCAUCGAGUCAUCAAUGAUAUCACAGGCGUCACAAAGGCCAGGCUCAGUCAGGAAGCGGCUCAAGCUUCAGAGGCAAUGAUUGCCGCUUCUGCUUCACUGGCUGGUCGUAGGAGUGCCAAUUCUGUCAAAUGCAGCCCGGUCGAGUCAGCACUCAUAUUUCGUCAAGUUUUAUGCCAUCCCCAUCUAAGACGUGGCCCAAGGGAGUUGGAGGAGGGGUCGGCUUUGCGAUGGGAUGGUCUCAUAGGUGGUCAUCAGGACGAGACUCUGAAGCAGGGUUGCUACAACAUCUUCGAGGAGGAGCAGGAUGUGUAUGCAGCGCUGGAGGAGGAGUGGUAUCUGUUCUUGGAGAUGGAAGUGGAGCAUAAUACUGACGCAAGCAUCAACAGCCGUGAUCACGUCAACAACGGUGACCAACGCGUGCAGGUCGCUGGAGCAAACAUGGGGUCGAGAACUUCGGCGCGCACGGAAACAACGACAACAACAACAACAGCAACCACGGAGCCCUGACUGUGGGCGCCAGCAACACAGCGAUUGCUGUGCAUGGCCCUUGUGCAAGCGUGGAAAUUGUGGAUUCAGGCACGUUG